AUGGCUUCAAGAGAAGAUUUGAUAUAUAUGGCUAAAUUAUGCGAACAAACAGAAAGAUUUUAAGAUAUGAUUACCUAUAUAAGAUAAGUUGCUAUGAUGGAAUAAGAACUAUCAAUCGAAGAAAGAAAUCUGCUUUCAAUUUCAUAUAAAAAUUAUAUAGGAAAUUUUAGAUUCGCUAUGAGAGUCUUGUUUAAAUUAACUAAUUAUCCGUAAUAAAAUGUAUUAUACAUUAAUUGAUAUUAAGUAAUCCGAAGAUUAGUAAAACAAAAUUAAAUUGAUUUCAAGUUAUUAAAAUUAGUUAGAAAUUGAAGUAACUGCAUAAUGUUAAGAUCUGAUUAACGUAAUAGACUUCAAUUUACUUAAAAAUAAUUACAAACCUGAGGAUAAGAUUUUUUUUUUUUAAAUGAAAAAUGAUGCUUUCAGAUAUCUUUAAGAAUUUGUAUCAAUUGAUAAGUUGUAGCCAAUACUAGAUUAAUCAGAGGAUACAUAGAAAUAAAUUGUAAAUUUAUUUUAAAAAGAAAUUUCAAAAACUGAUCCAAUUUGGUUAGGAUUAGCUCUAAGCCAAGCUGUAUUUACAUAUGAAGUUUUAAAUGAUAAAGUUACAGCUUUUUAAAUAGCUAAAAACGUAUUUUAUAUAAUUAUCUUAAGGCUUUUGAUGGUGCAAUCUCAGAAUUGGAUUUAAUUUAAGAAGAUAAAUAUAAAGAUGCAACCAUAAUAAUUUAAUUAUUGCGUGAUAAUUUAAUUCUUUGGUAAUCUGAUUGUAAUAAUUAAAUUAAUUAAGAAUGA